CUAAUUACCUUGAAAACCUCUCCCGGAGCACCGGAAUCCUCUUUCUCGACCUCACUGUUUUCAACAUGUCCAACACUACCCGACGGGCGAUCAACUUUCAAGAUUUAAUAUCGUUUUAUGAUAAAAGAGAAGAGGAGAUAAAGAGAAUGCUACGGGAACGUAAUCUACCGACUUAUGAUCUAACUGCAGACGAUGAAGGAUCUAGAGAGCAUUACUUCAACAUCUGUGUCCCUUUAUAUGAGGCAUCGAUAAGAUGUGACUGGAAAGCUCUAAAUGCCAUUUUUCAAAAGCACCCUUCCAUGGGAUUGGAAAGGUGUAGUAUCACUGAAAACGGAGAAACUGCGCUUCAUGUAGCAGCCUCCGUAAAAAGAAGCAGCAAACAGGAAGAGAAGUUUGUGAAAAAUUUGGUGGUUAAGAUGAGGGGGGAAGACUUGAUACUUGACAAUAAGGAUUUCAACACCGCCCUCUAUUUAGCAGCUGCGGCUGGAAACAUUGAAAUAGUUAGGAUUAUCGUGGAAAAGAACAAGAGGUCGAGGACAAUCCCUGGUUCUACAGCGCAACUGAUGCCACUAUAUGUAGCUGCCUUGUUUGGAAAUUAUCAAGUGGUGAAGUAUCUGUAUGAUGGAUCAAAAGGGUUGCAACAUGAAUAUUGGAAUGAUGAGAAUAAAGGUUCGCUUCUUGAGAAAUGUGUGGAGGCUGAUAUGUUCGAUAUCGCCCUGGAUAUGGUGGAGAGGGAUCCGUCUCUUGGAAGUGGGGGUGUACUUGAAAAUUUGGCACGAAAGCCAGAUGCGUUUGCGGAUACAAAAUCAAAUGUCAUCAAAAGAUACUUUAAUUCAGUUGUGGGAGCUUAUGAAAACGAAAGUGAAGCAUUGCAACUCCUGAAAAGAAUUUGGAAACAUAUCAUUUAGCAAUACUCUAAGCUAAAAAUUGCUUAUAUCCUUUCAAAUCCGAUUGAUUCGAUAAAUAUCUCUGACGUUCUGCCACUACAAGAUUUAGUUUCUGAACAUCUUUGCAAUGUUAACUAUGAAUAUUAAACUUUAUUAUGUUCAUGAUAUAUGUAUGUUAUGUAGUGAACUGUUAGUAGUAUUCGGAUGAUUUUGUAACAAGAGGUGGGUCGGAUCUUGUGCGGGUGAUUUCAAACUGCCUAAUGACAGUUAUUGCCGCCAAAAUCAACCGCCAUAGUUACACAUAUAUAUAUGUAAUAACCGGUAACUUUUAUGGUUACCAAGACAGAUUAUCCCGCCA